CACUGAAUCCAAAUAGUGCACAUAGUAAAAGGUACUAAACUUCAUACAUAAGCAUUUAGAUAUUUGUAAGAGUCAUGUCCGUUUAUUAUUUAUUUCAUCUGCAUUUAAUAUAUUUGGCUGACAGUUGUUGUUAGAAUUUGAUAUUCAUAAGAGCUUUGUGGGUUGGAUUUUAGAUUUUCAGAGAAGAUGAUCUCGGAGAGUAAGAGUAAAUGGAGAUUAUUAUUAAAGGACUGUUUAUUCUUUACUCGUUCAUCUUCGUGCGAUCAGUACAGCCAUGUAUGUUACAGAAUACAGUUGAAAGGAUUUUUUGCGUCUUUUUUUUCUCUCUCCCCCUCACAAGUGGAUCCACUCGCCAUCCAACUGCAUUGCCUUGAGCAGAAGGACCGUUCCGUGGAGAACCACACUAAGUACUUUUUAGAUCUGGCGUACCUUACCCACUAUCUAGACUGCUCGCUCUGCGUUUUUAACAUCACCAGCCUCAGCGAGGCACUUCUCUCAGGGCACGGUCCUCAAGAGGAUUUCGCCCACUUUUGUGGAGUGGGUGCUGGUGAAUAAUGAAUCGGCAUUCACCAUCUGCCCAGCGGAGGACAUCACCAGCCCCACUUCGGACCUUCGGACCCAGCCAUCACCCCGCUGUACGGACAUGAUGCCAGAGCCCACUUCAGACAGAGAGCUAAAGCCUGCCGCGAUGCACGAGCCAGUGUCAGUGAAAAGGACUGAGCCAACCAUCACCCCGGAGCCCGAGCCCCACAGUGAGUCUGACAAAGUGUGAAGACACCGCCCACACUCCCUCCACUGAGGGUGAGCUGCUGCUGGCCUCUGCAUUGUUUUAUGAAUUGGAAAUCAGAGUCUCCUAUGUUCCUGCUGGUUCCGCCCAGCUCGAGUUCUUCUGUGUUCCCGUUGGUUCCGCCCAGCUCAGAUUCUCCUGUGUUUCCGCUUGUUCUGCCCAUCUCAAGUUCUCCUGUGUCCCCGCUGGUUCCACCCAGCUCAGAGUCUCCUAUGCCCCCACUGGUUCACCCAGCUCGAAGUCUCCUGUGUCUCCAGAGUUCCGACAGUGUCUCCCUCUCCCACCUCCUCUUCCAAAAUCAGCCAGUCCGUCAGCCCCGCCUCUGCUGAUUCCCUUCAGCCCCUCGGCUUCUCCUCUGAAGCCACUCUACUUUGGAUUUACCUCUGGUCUUCCGCUCUCCAGCUCUGCCUAGUAAAGAGGAUUCCCUUUCUCUGCCUCCAGCCACUGAUCCUAUCACUCCACUUCGGCCCAUCCACCUGUCAGCUCCGCCUUGCCUCCUCCCUCGGCUCCAUCAGAGACCAUCAUCCUUAUGGCUCCACCGGGUUCCCUCGUCCCUCUGGCUCCACCUUGGUCAGCUCCACCGAGCUGUCCUCUGCACUGUCUCUCCACCCCUUCAGCUCUGUCUGGCUCCGCCUUUCCCUCCGGCUCCACCUCGGUGCUUAGUCCCACUGGCUCCACCUCGGUUCUCUGGCACCCUGGCUCCACCUUGGACGCUCGUCAUUUGCUCUCUAUCCUCGCCUUGGGCUCCACCUCCAUCAGCUUCAUCUCCGCCUAUCGUCCACCUGGUGUCGACAUCAAAGCUUCCAUCAUGGUUCCUCCCUCCCUCAACUCCACCAUGGGCCAUUGUCUGGCUGUGCUCUGGAUCACCACCUUUUUUUUAUUUUUUUUUUAUGCAUAUCAUCAGAAGACUUCGUGCAUUCUGCAUAGACCUCACUUGACAGCAUUGCACAGACACCAGAGAGAAGAUGGACGGGCCAAUGCGUGUGUUGGUGACGGGCGGCAGCGGACUGGUGGGACGAGCCAUAGAGCGGGUGGUGAAAGAGGGCGAAGGGAGAGAAGGAGAAGAAUGGAUAUUCCUGUCAUCCAAAGAGGCCAAUCUUGUGAGCGCUGAAGAGACGAGAGCAGUCUUCCAGAAACAUCGUCCGACACACGUCAUUCAUUUGGCCGCUAUGGUAGGCGGGCUCUACAGAAACAUGAGACAGAACCUGGACUUCUGGAGAGAUAAUGUGCACAUCAAUGACAACGUGCUGCACAUGUCUCAGGAGUUCAAAGUGGUGAAGGUCGUUUCUUGUCUGUCUACAUGUGUUUUUCCGGAUAAAACCACCUACCCUAUAGAUGAGACCAUGAUGCACAACGGUGCCCCACAUGCAUCUAAUUAUGGUUAUGCCUACGCCAAACGCAUGAUUGAUGUCCACAACAGGGCGUGUUUUCAGCAAUAUGGUCUGCGAUACACAGCUAUCAUCCCCACCAACAUUUUUGGACCCCAUGACAACUUCAACAUUGAAGACGGUCACGUGAUGCCGGGGUUGGUCCACAAGACGUACCUGGCAAAGAAGGAAGGUAAACCUCUGCAGGUCUGGGGUUCAGGUCGCGCCCUGCGGCAGUUCAUCUAUUCUGUGGAUCUGGCUCGUCUGUUUGUGUGGGCUUUGAGAGAGUAUGACGAGGUGGAGCCCAUCAUUGCGUCAGUCGGAGAGGAGGAAGAGCAGACCAUAAAGGAUGCUGUGGACGCUGUGGUUGAAGGGUUUGGGUUUAAAGGUGAAGUGAUUUAUGACACUAGUAGAUCAGACGGUCAGAUCAAGAAAACCGCCAGUAACGCCAAACUACGCAAAUACCUGCCAGACUUCAAGUUCACACCGUUCAAAGAAGCCAUCAAGGAGACGUGUGAUUGGCUUGCGGCCAAUUAUGACAUCGCCCGUAAAUGAAGAUCUUCACGUCUCAUUGGCUGUGGGGAGCAUCUCAAUGCUGGAAACCAAUGAUUGAUCAAACAACUCUUAAUAAUUUAAUAAUUGCAAAAGUCAUGAAAUCAUUGAACAUUGAAUCUCGUGUUUAUUUCAUGAAAAGAGCACUAAGAUGGCAGUGUUUGUGUUAUUUUCGUAUUUAGGUGUUUUGUUUUGAUUUGUAUGUGUGGGCUCUGCUGUGUUUGGUGCUGUACAUUUUCUUCAGUUUUUUUUUUACUGGUCUGUCAGUCAGAGUAUGUUCUGGGUUUAUUGUCUUAUGAUCUGUACUGUCUAUUACAAAUAUACACUCCUAUUUUAAAUUGUUUUUUUUUUUACACCGUGUUCCAAAUUAUUAUGCAAGUGACAUAUCAGUAAGAUUUCAGUAGAAUAAACAUUUAGAUUUUAGUUUUUCUAAGAAACUUUUUUAGAUAACUGGUAUCAAUCUCAGACAAAAUAAUUUGCCAGGUCUAUGGAAACCCUGCUUAGAGGUUGUUCCACAUUAUUAAGCAAGUCACAGUUCUCAUGCAAUAUGGGGAGGAAGAAAGAUCUUUCUGAAGAUGAAAAGCAUGAAAUGGUGCAAUGUUGUGCAAAAGGCAUGAAAACAACUAACAUUGUGUGAAAUCUGAAUGGAGAUUAUCGAAUUAUCAUAAGAUUUGUGAGUGAUUUUUUGCUGCGUAACAGGAGAAUGAACCUUACUGGUUUUUGCUGAAGCUCAAACGUGCUGCGUAACAUGAGAAUGAACCUCAUUGGUUCUUGCCGAAUCUCAAACGUGAUGCGUAACACGAGAAUGAACCUCAUUGGUUCUUGCGGAAGCUCAAACGUGCCGCGUAACACGAGAAUGAACCUCACUGGUUCAAACAUGCUGCGUAACGUGAACGAACCUCAUUGGUUCUUGCUGAAGCUCAAACGUGCUGCGUAACACGAGAAUGUAAACCUACUACAACAGGUUUACGUGUAUCAAAGGUCAAAAAACACUUUCAUUUUCUUAUAAUAUACAUUGCUCAUCACCACAUUUUUCAAACAUUGGAAGAAAUAGUUAUUCAACCCGAGCCUCCAUCACAAGGACGACUUGAGCAGGACGUUUCUCAGUGGUAAGUUUUUACUCAGUUUGCCGUACAAUAUGAGUUGUUGCAACUGUAAUUUCUUUACAUCAGCAUUAACUGAUGUUUGUCCAUUGUAGGGGAAUUUACAGUUAAGACCCAAAGACCAGAUAUGAUGAAUGAAGACCUGGAGUCAGAGUUACAAAAAAUAAAUUGAAGAAAAUUUUACUGAAGAAUAGUUUGCAGUUUCAUUAGCAGAAGUCCGCUUCAACACUCACAGGGAGUUCGUAAGCCGCCUCCUGUACAUUCACAUUUCCACAGCAAUUAUACCUUACACAAGUCAAUAAACUACGUCAUAACUUCAGGUUGAAUGAUUCUGAUUGGCUAAGAAAUAGAUAAACUUAGAAAAAGUCCACAUAUGGACUGAUGGGCAGAAACACAUCUCCAUCGAUUAUCCCGAUGACACCAAGACCAUGGUUUAGGCACAAAGUGACCUAGGUCACAGGUAUGCGUUUCUGUGCGCCAGUUUGUCCACCUCUCCAAUACAGGGUCUGUAAAAAAAAUACUAGCACAGAUACACAGCAACUUCAAGGUUGAAGUAGUUGAGUUCUAGCUCUAAUCAGGAACUUUCCCAAAACAUACAGAAAAGUUGAACUUUUCUCUCAGUGAAAGGUUUAGACAGUAUUCAUCAUGAUUCUCUAGUGUUUGAAGAUGAAAAGGAAAAUAAAUGCUUUAAAGGGGACCUAUUAUGUCUCUUUCACAAGAUGUAAUAUAAGUCUCUGGUGUCUCCAGAAUGUGUCUGUGAAGUUUCAGCUCAAAAUACCCCACAGAUCAUUUAUUAUAGCUUGUCAAAUUUGCCCCUAUUUGGGUGUGAGCAAAAACACGACACUUUUGUGUGUGUCCCUUUAAAUGCAAAUGAGCUGCUGCUCCCGGCCCCCUUUCCAGAAGAGGGCGGAGCUUUAACAGCUCACACUUUGGAUACUGAACAACAACAAAGCUGGAGAAUCUCACACAGCUAAAAUGAGGAUUGUCAGUAACGGUGUUCAGCCUUACAUUGUUCAAACCAGAGUCGGGCGCUGAUGGAGAGACUCAGGAAGAAGUUACAACUUUUAGAAUGAAACUGAACGUUUCUGAAUGGCGUAAAAUGACGACAUGUCAACAACACUCUACUACAACAACUCUUCCUCUUCUCUAAAGCAGCCCAACAUGGCAAACAGUCAAACAAUGAUCGAUCUGCACCAAACUGCACAUGUGCGAUAAGAGUCCUGGCCUAAAGACAUCUACAUGCCAAUAUUCAGUUAGUCAUAGCGCCACCUGCUGGCAACAGAAAAUGGCAUGCUUUACACUGUAAUUCACUCCCAGAAACACAUUUAAAUAUGCCAUGAAGUACCAAACAUGCUAAAAACACGUUAAAGCAUGCAACACUUGGCUAAGUGCUAAAGUAACGCCACGAAACAGGAAGUUGUUAUAACUCAGGCAUACAAUGUCCG